AUGAAGGGCUUCGCCAAACUCACGAGCUAUUGUAAGCUCCUAGUGGCCUGCAACCCCUCUAGACGAGAGAUUGCCAUGCUAGUCGUGGGUUUCUUUAGUGCAAUUGCUUCUGGUGUCCCAUUCCCUAUUAUCGGUAUCGUCUUUGGUUCACUGCUGGACGACUUUAACUCCGCAACUUGCGCCCAGAGAGAUGGAACCGCAACCGCCUCCUCGGAGUCCUCCGAACAAGGAUCCAUCAAUAACGAAAUUCUUCUGAUCGUCUACCUGGCCAUUGCGCAGUUCUUUACCAUCUAUAUUCACCUCACAUGUUGGACGAUGACUGGUGCGCGAUUGGCGCAGCGCCUCCGUGAGAACUACCUGAAGAACUUGCUCCGACAGGAACCUUCGUACUUCGACAAACUGCCUCCUGGUGAGGUCGCCUCGCGUCUCAAUAGCGAUAUUCAAACGAUUCGUUCUGGUACAUCUGAGAAAGUGGGAAUUGUUCUCUCGGCGAUCUCGUUCUUUAUCACCGCAUACAUCGUUGCUUUUAUCAAGGACUGGAAGCUUGCUUGCAUGCUGCUUUCGCUUAUUCCAGCCUACAUGUUGAUGUCUUUUGUCGGAAGCCAUUAUAUUGAAAAGUAUGCUGGACUCAUGUCCGAUCAUGCCGCUACCGCUGCAUCGAUUGCUUCCGAGGCCCUGUCCAACACGGUCGUGGUGCAGGCCUUUGGUGCCAACUCCCGUUUGGAGGAGAAAUUUUCCAAAGCACUCAAGCUUUCCGAAGGUGAAGGCCUGAAAAAGGCUUUGGUGGUUGGUAUUCAGUCUGGUGUGUUAUACUUUGUCGCAUAUGGUGCGAAUGGCUUGGCCUUUUGGCAAGGUGCCAAGUCGGUUGCCAAGUCCGUAGCAACGGGGACUUCGGGCGUCACUGUUGGUGCAACAUUCACUGUGAUCUUUGUUUUGAUUGAAGCCACUUUGCUGUUCAGUCAAGUUUCACCAUUUCUGCACUUGUUCGUUCAGGCGGUUUCUUCGUACUCCAAGUUGCGCGAAGAUCUUGAACGUGUGCCCCAGAUUGAUGGUACUUCUGAUGCUGGUAUUCGCAUGACUCAGGCUGAGGGUGGCUUCGAGUUCAAGAACGUCUCUUUCACCUAUCCUUCCCGCCCUGAGAUCACCGUCCUCGACAACAUCAGUUUGAGCAUUCCCGCCAACAAGCACACUGCCCUGGUUGGUCUCUCUGGCAGUGGAAAAUCGACAAUUGCAGGCCUGAUCACCCGACUGUACGACCCCAAUGAGGGUCAAAUUACCUUUGAUGGCCAUGAUAUCCAGGAAGUGAACGUGAAGGACCUGAGAAGUUUCCUCAGCUUGGUCCAACAGGAGCCUUCUCUUCUGGACCGCUCUCUUCUGGAAAAUAUUGCACACGGUUUGAUUAACUCAAGUAACCCGAACCACGCGCACCUGAAGGCGGUUUUCAUCCGCCCUGAUCUGGAAGAGCUCGCUGAAGAUCUUCGCAAUGGAAAGGAUCUUAUGACUGAGGCCGAGAAGCGUGGCUCUGACGUCGUUGAGAUUGUGGAAUUGGUCAAAAAGGCGACUGUUCUCGCUGAUGCCGAAGGUUUCAUCUCUCGCCUGCAAUAUGGACUUGGUACGGUCGUUGGAUCUAGCGGACGAUUGAUCAGUGGUGGUCAGAAGCAACGUAUCUCUCUUGCCCGGGCUCUUAUCCGUGACCCCGCGGUUCUGAUUCUUGACGAGGCUACCGCCUCUCUGGAUUCCCACAGUGAACAGCGUAUUCAAAAGGCCAUCAACAACAUUGCCACUGGACGCACCGUCGUUACCAUCGCUCACCGACUGUCCACCAUCACCGGAGCGGACAAUAUCAUCGUUAUGCACAAGGGUCACAUCGUGGAGCAGGGUAAUCAUGCCGAGCUGAUGGCCAAGGAUGGAUCGUAUGCCGAGUUGGUCAAAUUGCAGACCCUCAGCACAUCCGACAAGAAUGACACUACCGUCAGCGUGGAGACUGUCAGCAAAUCCGAUCAGAGCUCCGUGACGGCUGGUGAUAUUGAGAAAGCUGAAUCCUCCAACACUGCCUAUGAAAAUAUUAAUGAGAAGAUCGCCACAACUGAAGAAACCCCAGUUGGUGAUUCUGGCGAUGAGGAAGAACCGGAAGAGCUCGAGGCCCCAAGAAAGUCUCUCUGGGCUCUCUGCAAGGGCUUUGCCCCAACUCUGCGCCCGCAUUUGCUAAUCAUCUUCCUUGCCCUGCUCGGUGCAGUCAUUGUCGGAGGAGCUUUCUCUGGUGAGGCUGUCAUCUUCGGAAACACUGUCGGUAGUCUGGAUCCUUGCAACAGCGCGGCCUACAUUCGGUCCCAAGGUGACUUCUACGCCCUCAUGUUCUUUGUCCUCGCCAUCAUCGAGUUCUUCGCCAACGUUGUCAGUUGGGCUGGAUUUGGUUGGGUCUCUGAGAAGGUUGUCUACACUGUGCGAGUUCUAUCUUUCCGAUCUUUGUUCGAACAGGACCUCCAGUGGCACCAGUCGAAUGGACGCACUCCUCCUUUGCUUCUUUCAUACAUUACCAGAGAUGGUAACGCUCUUGCCGGCCUGAGUGGUUCCAUUAUCGGUACUUUGUUCUCUAUCACUGUCAACCUUUUCGCCGCCAUCAUCCUCACCCACAUUAUCGCCUGGAAGAUUGCCUUGGUCUGUCUUGCAUUGGUCCCGCUUCUUCUUGGGGCUGGAUUCAUGGAACUCCUCAUUCUUGGUCGGUUCGAGGAGCGUCAUGAGAAUGCCUACUCCCUUUCCGUAGACAUUGGUGUCGAGGCAAUCAGCAACAUCAAAACUAUUGCCUCCCUUUCCCUCGAAGAUCAGACCCUGAAGACCUACCGCAAGUCUCUCCGUGGACCUCGCAAAGAGACCCUCAAUGUCACCUUACAAGCAAGUGCAUGGCAGUCAACCACCUACUUCCUCGGUAACUGUGUGAACGCUCUUGCCUACUGGUGGGGUGCUAAGCAGAUUCUCAACGGCACCUACACCCAGACCCAGUUCCUGAUUGUGGUCUUCUCCCUCCUCGUCAGCGCCCUUCUGUGGAGUCAAAUGUUCGCUCUUGCACCGGAACUUUCCCAAGCCAGAGCUGCCAUGGCUAGAAUCUUGGACCUCAUCGAGCAGGGUUCCGACAAAAUGCGUGGUCAUGUUCCUACUCACGCACCCAAUGUUGCCCCGAAAGGAGAUGACGAGUCCUCCAUCGAACCCAAAGCCAUCCAGUCCGAUUCAACAGCGUCGAGCGUCCAGCUGCGCGAUGUCCACUUUUCCUACCCCGCUCGUCCAGAUAUGAAGGUCCUGAAUGGCCUAUCCAUUGACAUCAAACCGGGACAAUUCUGCGCCCUCGUCGGCCCCAGCGGUGCCGGUAAAUCGACCAUCAUCUCCCUCGCCGAGCGCCUCUACGUCCCCGAGUCUGGAUCAAUCCUGAUCGACGGCCUCGAUGUAACAAAGACCCGCGACCCUUCUUUCCGCGAUAAUAUCUCCCUCGUCCCCCAAGAGAGCGUGUUGUUCGAAGGAACUGUAGCUUUCAACAUCGGCCUCGGCGCCAAGCCCUGCAGAGAAGCUACCCACGAAGAGAUCGUCGAAGCAUGCAAGCUCGCCAACAUCCACGAGACCAUUGAAUCACUACCCGAAGGCUACAACACAAUGUGUGGACCUAACGGUAGUCAGUUCUCUGGUGGCCAGAAGCAGAGAUUGUCCAUUGCCCGUGCGCUGGUUCGCAAGCCUAAGUUGUUGAUCCUGGACGAGUCGACCAGUGCAUUGGACGCUGAGUCAGAAAAACUUCUCCAAGAUGGACUUAGCAAGGCUGCUAAGGGCAUCACUGUCAUUGCGAUCGCUCAUCGCUUGCACACUAUCCGUAAGGCUGAUGUCAUCUUCUUGAUUGAUGCUGGAAGGUGCACUGAUCAUGGUUCACAUGAGGAGCUGCUUCAGAGGUCCGAGAGUUAUCGGACAAAUGUCAUGCACCAGACAGUUGCAACUUGA